UCACUCUCUCUCUCUCCUUCUUCGUCGCUGUUUCUCGCUCGCACUCUCCGUCUCCGCUUCGCUUUCCCUACAUCGCUCCGCGCGCUCCGGCUGCGUGCGCGAAUGUUCGAGUAAGGCCCUCGUUCGUGUGACCUGUGGUUUCUCCGGCGUUUUCCUACCCUUAGUGCGAGCACAGUGCCCAUCCGCAGUCCAUCAUUCGCCACGAUACGCAUUCGCGAUUCUCGGCUACUUUCACCUCGUUGCUCGUGCUCACGGCUGACGAUUUCCGCGAGUGGAUGUCACCGUGUUGUUCCUACCGAUUCUGCCAAACGUUCACCCUGUUGUGCGAUUCACCGUGCAUCUUCGUGCAAGAGUACUUGACCAUGGUUCGUAAAUCGUGUAACGAUGAUCCGAUCCGAUCCAGUGGUAAAUAUUAAAAGAAACAAAGGAAUGCGAUCCAUCGAUCUUGCGUGGGGAAAAAAAAACAAGCGGAACACCGGCGAACGAGUGAUUAACGAUCAGUGGAAGAGAAAGUGACUCGAGGAAGUGACUCCGUGUUGCUCUUCGCGGUUUUACACGUACGGCAACGUCUCGCGAAUAAACUAGCGGGUCGAAGAGGGGAAGAGAAGAUCGGUUUGGGGUGAGGAAGAGAGGAGAAACGGCUACGUGUCAGGUUGGUAGGCGGUGGUGGGAGGAGGUGCUACCACAAGCGCACAAUUACACACACACAUACACACUCAUACAAAUACAUUCGCCUGUAUAUACGCACAGUGUAACGCACACUGUGACGCGCGAAUAAAGUCGGAAGGUGGUGGUGGUGGUGGACAGAGGUGGUUGAAGGACGAGAGGGGCGAAAGAGGGUGGCUCUGGAAAGGGUGGGCCUUCCAAGUGUCUUGUCUCCUAUCAUCCUGUCGUCCAGGGUAUCGCUUACGAAUGUCGCGCGAUCGAGCGAUCCGUCUCCGAUCCAGCACGACCAGGGACGUUCUGCCAUCGAAGGCGUUGCGACGAACCCGCUAGUCUACACCGUACAGUUUACCAUUAUCAUCGUGUUACGCUCUCCGCUUGAUAUGCGACGCGAGCCGCGAUUCGAACCGCUCCGCGUGUCGGAUAGACCGUGUUCUGCCGUCGGACCGUCGGCGGAGGAGCAUCCGAUGCUCUUCUGACGGGACGAACGCGUACAACGAGCCGUGUUCAGUGGAACGGGUGACUGUUUGCUCGAAUCGUGUGCCAUUCCAGGGGAAACAGAACUCGAGACUGACGCGUUCCGUUUGGGGAACCGUGAACGUCGCUGGAACGGACUCUUUGGACGCGAGUCAACGAUGUCUGGUGAAACGGAGAUCGAGGUAUCCGUAGUGUCCGAAGAGGAUUUGGAACUGGAAGCUUCGAGGAGCAGCUCGACACCGGCGGAGUUGCUUCUACAAGAGAAAAACGGAAAAUCUGGUUGUGGAUUGAACAAUCACCAUUCCUUCAGUUUCGACGUAGGCAAGCCGGCACUCAGGCCCGCGUGUAACCCUCAGUACACGUCCUUCAGCAUCUCUAGCAUCCUUGGAAGACCCGAGUCACCACCUAUAGACUCUACAUCGACGGUGUCCGCUGAAAGGCAAUCGUCGGAUGUCGACAGAGGCUCGCCAUUGCCAACGACGAACGCUCAGAAUUCCCAAAGAAUCGGAUCCUCCUGCGACAGUCCUGCAAGGGGUUUGUCCUCGCCUACGUCCUUGAGAUUUUCCAACAAUCAAAGGGGCGUCUCGUCGGUCGGUCACACGACAGACAACAGAAACAAUGCUACUAACAUGGGGAUCGUAUGUGCUACCAGUGCUACCAGCCCGGCGUCCACUUUCUCUCCACCCAGCGACGCCUCUACGAACCCUCUGCUCGGUCACCAAGCGUCGGCCGACUUGGCGAUGCUGUCGAGAUUGGGCCUGAUGUCAUCGUUGAUAGCGGGCCGAUAUCCGGUCGGAAUUGGCGUCGGCGGCGUGUUCUUUCCGUCGACGUUGCAACACCUUCACCAACAACAGCAACACCAACAUCACUCGCGGUUGGCAGCCGCUUCGUCGGCCUUGAGCAAUGCCGUUCAGGUCACCGGCCAAUCGGAUAUCGUCGAUGCCGACGGCAUCCGUGGCGUUCUACCCGGUGGCGCCGGUUGGCCGUUUCCAUGGAGGCCGACGCACGGUCUGCAGACGCUGGAACAUCCGUCGCCGAGCGACGUCGUCGGCAACUUGAGCCGCGUUAGUCCUGCUUCCGCGUCCUUUCCGCAAAGGGACGACCUGGACGACGAGAACGGGGAGGAGCGUCUGCACCGGACACGGAGUCCGUCGACGGGCGACGAAGGACACGACGAUCUGGGUGAGCAGGACGACUGCCCGGAGGCGGAUGGCGAAGGGGAAUCCACAAACUCGACCAGUCUUCACGGUGGUAGCGGCGGUGGCACAGGGAAUAGCGGAGGUGGUGGAGGCGGUGGUGGCGGUGGGCAGAACAGCGUGCAAGUUGGCGUAGAUGGUCGCGACUCCAGCAGCAUGAAACGAAAGAAGAAGACGCGAACUGUGUUCUCGCGGUCACAGGUGUUUCAAUUAGAAAGCACGUUCGACAUGAAACGCUACCUUUCGUCUUCUGAACGCGCCGGUCUCGCUGCAACGUUACGGCUGACCGAGACUCAGGUGAAGAUCUGGUUCCAGAAUCGUCGUAACAAGUGGAAAAGACAACUCGCUGCCGAAUUGGAGGCAGCAAACAUGGCGCACGCGGCGCAG